AUGCCAAAGAACGAUAAAGGAGAAGAAUGCUUUACAUUUGCUGUAUGUGGAGGUGGAGGUGUUGGUAAAUCGUCAAUCACCAUUAGAUGGACUCAAGAUACAUUCAUUGAAAUCUAUGAUCCAACUAUUGAGAAUACCUUUGAUAUUGCUAGAAAAGUUGAUAACAAAACAACCUAUUUGACAAUUGUAGAUACUGCUGGACAAGAUGAAUUCUCUGCUCUCCAGGAUGUUUAUAUGAGAACAGCAUUCGGUUUCGUCCUGGUCUUUGAUUGUACUUCUCAUCAAUCCUUGGAAGAAUUACAAAAGUAUACCGAGAGAAUUUCCAGAAUCAAGAUGGAUGUCAACAAACCAGUCGAUGGAAAGGAAUGUCCAAUAAUUAUAAUCGGAAAUAAGGUUGAUAUGCUGAAGGAAAAUCCAAAAUUAAAAGGAAUUACCGAGAAGGAAACCAAAGAAUUCAUGAAAACACACUUGUUACUACCAGAGAAUACACCAUUAUUCUUUGCUAGUGCCAAAACUACUGAAAAUCUCAAGGAAUGUUUUGAGAGUAUUGUGAGGGAGAUGAGAGAUUUCGAAAGAGGACAACAACCAAAAACCAAUCCAUUCGAAGAUGAAAAGAAGAAGAGAAGAAAUAGUGGUGGAGGUGGAUUAUUCUCAUCAAUUUCAGCAUCCAAUUCAAAGGAAACCGAUUUGAAGAAUGUUCAAGAUAUUAUUUAA